GGGUUAGUGUGUGUGUGGGUUAGUGUGUGUGUGGGUUAGUGUGUGUCUGUGGAUUUGUGUGUAUGGGUUUAUGUGUAUGUGUUUGUGUGGGUUUGUGUGUGUACACUCGUGUGUGUGUGUGUGGGUUUGUGUGUGUGUGGGUUUGUGUGUGUGUGGGUUUGUGUGUGUGUGGGUUUGUGUUUGUGUGUGUGGGUUUGUGUGUGUGUAUGUGGGUACACACGCGUGUAUGUGUGGGUUUGUGUGUGGGUACACUCGUGUGUGUGUGGGUUUGUGUGUGUGUGUGGGGGUUUGUGUGUGUGUGGGUUUGUGUGUGUGGGGGUUUGUGUGUGUGUGGGUUUGUGUGUGUGUGGGGGUUUGUGUGUGUGUGGGUUUGUGUGUGUGUGGGUUUGUGUGUGUGUGGGUUUGUGUGUGUGUGGCUACACACGUGUAUGUGUGUGGGUUUGUGCGUGGGUGUGUGGAUACACACACCUGUAUGUGCGAAGGUCAACACGUCUGUGUGACAGGUUGUUUGGGUACACAUGUUUGUGUCGACGUGUGUGUGUUUGUGCACAUGCGGUUGUGUGUACACUGUGUGUUUGUGGUUGUGUAAAUGUGGUUGUGUACACGUGAGGUAGUCACGUGGUGACGUGAGGUAGUCACGUGGUGACGUGAGGUAGUCACGUGGUGACGUGAGGUUGUCACGUGGUGACGUGAGGUUGUCACGUGGUGACGUGAGGUUGUCACGUGGUGACGUGUGCCUGCGUUGUUACGUAUGGUUGUGUGUAGACUUAUAUAAGACAACGCUUAUGAUAUCUGCUUUCCAUAAAUGCUGUACCUGUAGUCUGUGUUCUGUGCAGCUUUGCACGUCUUGCUCUCGAAUCGUCGUGAAGUUAGAUUUGGUCGGUGAACUUUUUGUACUUAACAUUUAUUUUGCUCCUUUCACAUUUGGCGCCGUUGACGCCUUAAGAAUAUUGAGUUAUAAACAUCGGAGAUUAUUAUUCGAGUUGAAUAUAAAUAAGGCCGCGGUGAUUGGGUCUAGAGCACAUUGGUGUUGCAACCAAAAUAACAAGAGGGAGCACGUUUUGUUCUAAUUCAGUAACCAAAAAAACAACCACACGCAACACCAUCCUUUGUAUUCUUUAUUUCUUUCGGUGAAGUCACGCAGAUUAAAAUAAUAAUACAAAAGAAAGUUAUUAAAAAUAAUAAAAACACAGUAAUGUGGACUGUAGCCUGGUUAUUAAUCGGAGUGAGUGUUCUGGCUAAUCUAUAAUGUUGACUGUAGCCUGGUUAUUAAGUUGGGUGAGUGUACUGGCAGUCUAUAAUGUAGAGUGUAGCAAUGGUUAUUAUUUUUCAUUUUUAUUCACUUUAUUUUAAUUAUUUUUCUAUCUACGUGACUUUACCGAAAGAACCAAAUAAUACAAAGAUUAGUGACAGCUGUCAAAAAUUACUGUGUCCCUCCGUGGCAGCCACGAUAUAGGACGUUGAUCUGGCAAGCAAUCGGCGACUGUAGGGGUCAAAGGUCACCGUGUGACCGCGCCGAUAGACACGAGACUGGUCAAGCAUGUGGCGGCUGUAGGGGUCACAGGUCAGCGUGUGACCUCACCGACAGACACGAGACUGGUCAAGCAUGUGGCGGCUGUAGGGGUGACAGGUCACGGUGUGACCGCCCUGAGAGUCAUGAGACUGGUCAAGCAUGUGGCGGCUGUAGGGGUCACAGGUCAACGUGUGACCGCGCCAAUAGACACGAGAGUGAAAACGGUCAGCCACGUUCACUCGGACCGAAGACAGGUCCUGAUCCUUGCCAGGCUUGCCGUGUUGUUGGAGCCAAGCUUUCUGCUGUUAUAUUGAGCGUUACCAUUUAGCGUGUAUUGUAUCUAUAUAUCAGCCCAAGCCUCCUGUAAAACACGUGACCCCCCCCUCAUCUGAAUCCCUCCCCUGUCCGCCACCCCCUGUGAAAACAGACGCCGCUCCUCCGUAAAGCAGCAUCAAGGCCCUGAUGCAGCCUCUUCCUCCUCAUCUCUCCUAACCCCUUGGCUCCCGUUUCUCGCUUCCUUUUCCAUUUCCCGCAUUUCCCCCCCAAUUUUUUAAAAUCUUCUCUCUCCCCUUUUACUGUUCAUUUUUCUUUCUCCCAUUCAUUAUGCAUCCACGACUCUACUCCCCAUUCCUGUGGUGUUCCACCGUUACAAAAUUGAAAGUAGUAUUCACCCCCCCCCCCACCCCCCAAACGUUUAUCCAGGUCUGCCAUGGAUUAUGGUACAUUUCAAUGGACUAUCAUCAGGUGAAAUGACUUUAAUGAUAUAAAAAUGUGCACUCUAAAAAGCUGAGGAGCAACAUUAUUGCCCUGCACAUGAAACCCUAAUCUGACUACGACACCCCUCUAUGAAAUGAGUAAUGUUCCCCGUCUGGGCGUGGUUGCCGUGAGCAGCCCAUAAAGACGUGUGCUUUGUCGAUUACCAUUUACAGUAAGGUUUCCUGCCGUGUACAGAGAUUUAAAAAAAAUUGCGUGACUAGUUGAUCAUUUUCAGACGACAGUGCUGUCGUAGGUGUGGUAAAGUAGGCGACGCCGCUGCCUUCACUUGCUUCCUCCGUCUGUUGUUGCUGUUCCCUCGGUUAUCAAGGUUUGGAAAAUGCUUUUCUCAUGAAGUUGGGUUUUUGGACGCACAAUGAUAGCGAGAGUGUUUUACGAGCAGUCUGCUGUGAGCACGAGUGGAGACGACAGAGGUCCACUACUCGCAAAGUAGGACGUUUUGGCAUGAGAUAUGAAGAUACAAUCUCUUUGGCACUUUUUAAAGUCUUUUAACGUUAAGUUAGCAAGUUGUAGUUUUCCAUUGUCCGUACUGGGGACUUUACCAUCAUCAUCAUCAACAUCAUUAAGGCAAAACUCUAAUUAUUCCUUGGGGUCAUUUGUUACGUGCACUUCGACGUGCCUCUUCUCUCAUCCACUGUCAUCGUCAUCAUCAAGAAUCUUGUUCCAUUGCACAGCGUGACGCAGCUCCUUCCCUGUGCCAGGACGCAGCGCUCGAAGACGAAUGAGCGCCGUCGACUGAGAGAUGACGGCGACGGUGCGUCGGCGUGCGCCCGUCCUCCGCUCCAGCCGUAACCUCGCGCGCGUGGCCGCCCUCUUCGCCCUCACGUUCCUGGUGGUGCUGCCGCUCUCGUGCCGCCACCUCCGCUACUCCCACUACUCCGACAGCGGCGGACACGUGGUGCAGGCGCAGGACGAGGCGCAGGCGCGGGAGGAUGCGCUGGACGCGGAGCGGGCGCGCCGCUUCCUGCGGCGGAUCGCGACGGAGGACGACGUCCCCCGCCGGCGCCGCCACCACGGCAACGGCACGCGGGGCGAGGGGCCGGGCGACUUGGCGGUGGCGGUGGUCAGCGUGCGGCGGCAGGAGCCCUACCUGAGCCGGGUGGUGGCGCGGCUGCUGGCGCUGCUAAAGGCGUGUGGGCCGGCGUGCGAGCGCCACCGGCUUCUCGUGUGCAACGUGCAGGCGGUGCCCGAGGACCACGUCGAGGCAAGCGAGAUCUCCGCGCUGGUGCACACCGUCGCCAGGUUCUCGGAGAGCGACCCGGACGCAGGGAAGCCGCCUGCGCACAGCCGCUUCGAGAAGGAGAAGCGUGACUACACGUGGUGCCUGCGGCGUGCGGCGACGAUGACGGCGGGGGGCGAUGGCGGCGCCGUGGUGCUGCUGGAGGACGACGCGCUUCCGGCGGACGACUUCUUCCCGGUGCUGCACCACCUCCUGGGCGAGCGCCGUGCCGCGUCGCUGCGGCUGCGCCACGCCCUCUACGUGAAGCUCUUCCACCCGGAGCGGCUGCAGGGCUACUUCAACCCCGAGCCGAUGCGCAUCCUGGAGUGGGUGGGCGCCGGCGGGCUGUGCGGGCUGGCGCUGACGACGGUGUACCUGCGGCUGGCGCGGACGCCCUUCCGCUGGCGGUUGGUCGCCGCCCUCACGCUCUACGCGAUGCUGUGCGUAGAGAUGGUGGGGCGCCACUACUUCCUGGAGCUGCGGCGCGCGUCCCCGCACUUCUACGCGCUGGCGCCCGCCACGGAGUGCUGCACGCCGGCCAUGGCGUUCCCGAGCGCGGCGGCGGCGCUCGCCGUGGCCGAGCUGCUCGACGCCGAGCAAUGCGCGCCAAAGUACGGCAAGGACAUGGCGCUGUACGCCGCGAUGCACCGCGCCGAGCACGGCGCCCUUGUGCUGGAACCCAACCUGGUACGGCAUAUCGGACGGUACAGCUCCCUGCGGUCGUAGCCACCGCCGCCGCCACCGCCGCCCGCCGCCACCAUCAACCCCUGCUGUUGUUGGUAGAGACUGCCCAGAUAUUGCCGAGUGCUGAGUCUGAAUGUGGGACCUGUGCCUGCGUAACAUCAUGCACAUGUACAGCCCGUUUUGUCAACCCACCCGUGGGUGAGGAUCUCCCCACGGCACGUGCUUCGUUUGCGGUUUCUUUGACCGUGGGGGUUUGGUCAAGGCGGGCAGCCAUAGAUGUGGUAGCAGAGUAAAGUCCUACGAUGGAUAUCGCUGCACUGCCCUCUGCUGACAAACUGCGGAGGACAACCGCGGAGCCGCCCUUGACAACCCGGUGUGCUGCAUAGCGUCUCGCGUCAUAGCCCAAACUGCAUUUAUUUGAUGUUACAACCAACCUGUGUCGUCACGCUUCUCAAGGUGUCUAUUGCAAAAGAAGUCUGUUUCGGGUCCUGCCAGUUACACUUAAUGCUAUAAACAUGAUCUUAUUUGUUGUGUAAACUCGUAAUGCUGUGAUGUACUGUAGUCACUCGGUGUGAUGUUUACAUGUGCGUGGUUAAGUUUGCUAGAAAACCCGUCUGACACGAUUUCAAAUGUAGUUUUUUUUCCAACAAAUGAGUGGUGAUUAUAUAUUCAGGAACUAGUUAAAAAAUGUGUAUGGAUGGGUACAUUGUGCAGUGCUUUUUAUAGGUGACUUGACACCGGUCAGUUCGGGGCGGUGAAGGUGGUAUGGACCGAGGACCGGUUCAGAUAUCAUUCGCCACCGUUUAGCCAUGGCCAAGAAUCCAACUCAGGUUUGGCAGCUUCAUAGCGUAGUGCGCUAACCAUUGCACUACCGCUGCACCAAAGUUCAGUAAAACUUCAAAGCCAUCGUGGUCAAAGCCGCUGACCUCCCAGGGCCACACCUUGCCGACGCUUUACUCCCCUCCGCCGGAUCCCACAGCAGCCGCUGCACAGUAGACACAGAGAGAGAGAGCUCUUUGGUCUUUCCCCAUAUUUUUCGUUCAUUGAUAUGGGGCCGUCCAUAAAUGACGUCACGCACCUAGG